AUGUGUUCCGACAUCAACGAAUUCACACGUAAAGUCAGAAUUAAAGAGUUUUUCAAGGACAAUCCGCAAACGUUACCCACGAGUAUGAAAAACGUUAACACUGUAGAUAGACUUUGGACAUCGGCUAAUAACAGAAACGUACACAUAGACAGCUUUGUUAACGCUGCCAAGGCACAUUUGAAUAUGUUCAUUCAAGAAAACGACGGCAAACGUGAAGACCGCGACAAUUUGACGAAAGGCGAACGCUACUCUAUCAAACAGUUAAAACGCAACAACGAUAUCACAAUAAAACCAGCAGAUAAGGGUGGUUCUAUUACCAUUAUGGACACUAAUGAUUACAUCUCUGAAGCCGAAUCUCAACUAUCUAACGAACAAUUUUAUAAAUCACUACCCAAGGAUCCCACUAAAUCCUUCAAGAGAGAAGUCAAGCAUUUGUUAGCCGGAUUAGGAGACGACAUCAAGAAGGCUACACAAAAUUUAAUCCCGAAUGAACCCAAACCGGGCACUUUUUAUUGUCUACCUAAAUUGCACAAACUACCCAAGCUUAUCUCUGAGGCUACCAAGACAAACCCUGAGCCGAUAGGAUUAGACACUCUUUCAACCCCGACGAAAAUCUACGACCUUGCUAAAUCACUACAUAUUACUCCACCAGGUAGAUCGAUCAUUUCAGGAAGAGGGACACUCACUGAACAUCUAUCAGGUUAUAUCGACUCUAUCUUGAACCCGCUUCUUAUUAACAUUCCGAGCUUCACGCAAGAUUCCACCCAUUUCCUCAGGAAACUCAGUAAUGUACAACAACUCAAUUCUGACGCGCUACUAGUGACUUUGGACGUUACAUCACUAUACUCAAACAUCCCUCAUGAAGAAGGUGUAGCUGCAUGUACUAAGUUCCUUAAUCGGUUUCAUUCUUAUGAGACAACUUCGGAUAUUUGCUCAAUCAUCGAAUUUAUCUUGAAACAUAACAAUUUUAUGUUCAAUGAAAAACAUUUCCUUCAAACCAAAGGAACGGCAAUGGGAACAAGAAUGGCGCCAAGCUACGCCAAUAUUGUUAUGGCAGACCUCGAAGAUCGUAUAUUAUCCAACUACCACCUCAAACCGACAUUCUACACCCGAUACAUCGAUGAUAUUUUUCUCAUAUGGGAACAUGGUCUAGAUUCUCUGAAACAGUUUGAUACGUAUAUCAAUAAUAUUCACCCCAGCAUAAAGUUCACACUAGAGAUGUCUCGCACUGAGAUACCAUUUCUCGACAUCACAACGAUGCUCCAUAACGGCGAUCUAUCCACGACUAUCUACUCUAAACCAACGGAUAAUCACAAAUACUUAGACUAUUUCAGUUUUCAUCCUAUGAACUUAAAACGAUCCAUUGUUUACAGUCAAGUUCUCCGUCUCAAAAGAAUUUGCUCAGAGCCCACUGAUUAUGCUACCAAAGUAUCGUCUCUCGCAUCACAGUUCAUAAAAUGUAGAUACCCUCUUUCCGUCAUUAAAUCGGCCAUAACUAAAGCAUCGCACCGACCAAGAACCGACCUUCUUAAAUACAAUGCCAAAUCACACUCAGAUCGCAUACCGCUCAUAUUAGACUAUAGCCCUCGUACAAGACCACUCACGAAUGCGAUUAAGACGGACUUUGAAACAUUGAAAAAAGACCCAUCCAUAAAGGCUGCUUUCAGAACCCACCGAUAA